UACAAAUACGACGACGACACAACAUGUCGUCGUCUACUUCUUGACAUUGUUUAUUUAUUUUUAUUUCCAUAAAAAUUGUUUUCUCCCAAUAUGUUUGGCUUAAAUUUAUAAAUUGUGUCUGUGAUUUUUUGUAAUUAUGUCAAUAACCCAAACACUUAACAUGAGUGACAUUGUUCAUUUGAACGUCGGUGGAACAAGAUUUUCAACAUCACGUCAAACAUUGUCAUGGAUUCCGGAUUCAUUUUUCACUGCUCUGUUGAGCAAUAGGAUCGCGAGUCGUCGCGAUGAAAAUGGAGCACUUUUUAUUGAUCGUGAUCCAAAAGUAUUUUCAAUUAUACUCAAUUAUCUUCGAACAAAGGAUAUUGAUUUGAAAAAUAUUGAUAUUCGCGCAUUAAGACAUGAGGCCGAAUAUUAUGGAAUUACUCCACUUGUUAAGAGAUUAAUGCUUUGUGAAGAUUUAUCACAAUCAUCAUGUGGCGAUGUUUUAUUUUACGGCUAUUUACCACCUCCAAACGUUCCACUUCAAGAGCCAGCGAGUGUUUCAGCGAGCAUAAGCGAUGUUUCUAUUCAUGGAAGACCCGCAGGAGGUACACCUCAAAUUCCUCGAACGGAAGCUGCAAAUUCAACGGCAGCUGCAGCACCUCAAUCCACAGCAUCUUCAUCGAAUUCAUCUAAUCAGCCCAGCAACUCUAACAAUCAACAAAAUCACAGGGCAUCAUUACCAACUCAUGCAAGAAAUUCGUCACUAGAUUAUCGAGUUUCAAGAGGACUUCCUCAUUCGCGAACACCUUCACUUGAUCUUCGACAUGCUCGAAAUAGUUCUGCUGAUUUGAAUAAAAUUUUCAAGAACGAUAUAAGCCUCGUUUUUGGACCCCAACAAGUUUCAGGUUGGGUUGAUCCAUUACGUGUACAAAUAAUAAAAGCACAUCACAAUUGGAUUGUAAUUGCUUACGCUCAUUUUAUAACGUGUUAUCGUCUCAAAGAUUCAUCUGGUUGGCAGCAUGCAUUUACAAGUCCACAUAUUGAAUUUAUCAUUGAACGUGUUGCAAUUAAUGCAAAAAUAAGUGGUGCCGAUGGUAAAAUGGUGGCAAUUUCAUUUGGCAGUCAAGUACGUCUUUGGAGUGUAUCAGAGGGUGGAAUUAAAACAAAUGUGGGUACAUUUAAUUUAAAUGUACGAGUUGAAUAUCUUUUUUUUAUUGGCAGCCAAUUGGUGGCAUUGUCGCCAACUGGAAAAAUUGGCGUUUGGCAUGCAAUGACACAUCAUUGGCAAAUACAAGAUGUUGUACCAAUAUCAUCAUUCGAUACGGCUGGUUCUUUUCUUCUUUUAGGCUGUAAUAAUGGAUCUAUUUAUUAUAUUGAUAUGCAAAAAUUUCCUCUACGAAUGAAAGACAACGAUUUAUUGGUGACGGAAUUGUACCGAGAUCCAAGUCACGAUCCAAUUACAGCAAUUUCUGUUUAUCUAACACCAAAAACAACAUCUGAGAGGGGGAGGGAAGGUUUAUGUGGAAAUUGGAUUGAAAUUGCUUAUGGAACAAAAUCGGGAAGUGUAAGAGUUAUUGUUCAGCAUCCGGAAACAGUGGGACAUGGACCACAAUUAUUUCAAACAUUCACGGUACAUCAAAGCAGCGUUACCAAGGUUACAUUGUCUGAAAAAUAUUUAGUUUCGGUUUGCUCGGAAUAUAAUCAUGUACGAAGUUGGGCAGUGACAAGAUUUCGUGGUAUGAUUUCAACUCAACCUGGUUCUAUGCCCGAAGCAAGUUUUAAAAUUGUUUCAUUGGACGCCAUUGAUCCUUGCAUUAGUUACAAUGCUGGCAAUGAUUUCGGUCCAUUUGGUGAGCAAGAUGACGAGCAGGUUUUCGUUCAAAAAGUCGUUCCCGAAACGGAUCAAUUGUUCGUUCGAUUAGCAUCUAAUGGAAAAAGAGUCUGUGUGAUACAAUCAGUUGAUGGUAGUGUGAUAUCUUCUUUUUGCGUUCACGAAUGUGAAGGUUCCAGUCGAAUGGGCUCCAGGCCACGAAGAUUUAUUUUCACUGGUCAUUCUAACGGCGCUAUUCAAAUGUGGGACCUUACAACCGCCCUCGAUCCCUCAUUCAAUGCCGUUCCCGAUAAAGAAUUUUCCGGUGGACCAACACCAGAAGAAUUAUGGAAGCUUUUGGAUCAAUGCGAUUUAAGUAAUAGCUAUUGUUCAACACCGUGUAUUAGUCCAUGUCCAUCAAUGGCGGCAACUGGACCAAGAAUCAAGGCAAGCAACGUUUUAUUUCUCAAUCAAUCACAAAAUGUCGAAUCUUCUUCAGGUUCGAGUCAAAUUUAGAAAAAUUCAAAAAAUUUCUUAAUUUAUUUUUUCGAAAAAAAAAAUGGCUCACGAUCUGAAUUACUCUAGCAUUUUUAAGCAUUUAUUUAUUUAUAAUUAACAAAUAAUUUUUAUUUCGUGAAUAAUUUUUUUUUCUUUAAUUUUUAUUAUAAUUAUUAAUUUUCUAGUUACUUUUAGAAAAAAAAAUUUUCAGUAUUUAUUAUUCUUUUUUUUGGAAAAAAAAAAGUUCCUGAGAUUAUUUUCCUUUGAUAACAAAAAUGCGAUAAUUUAAUUUUGUUUCGAUUUAGAAUUGAUUUUAUAUGAAGGAGGAAUUUUUUAUCUCUAAAAAGAAAUUAUUUGCUCAAAUUUUAAUGUCUCUGGAGACCAAUGUAGAAAAAAUUAGUUGAAUAUUGUAAAGUGCAAUUUUAUUGUUUUCUGUUAAAUGAAUUAAAACUUACAACUAGG